UCUGCCUCUCUAUAUUUGCCUCCAAAAUCCAUCUAUAUAUAUCGCACUCGAGCUAAACAAACCUUCUUCAUCCAAACAAGCAAAGGCAAUACCAAAGCUAGCUACGAGUAGAAUCCAACAAUGGCGCCGCUCGCACCCCGGAGGCCAGCAGCCUGCCUCCUAGCCCUUCUCUCGGUCGUUGCCGUGGCCCUAUCCUUGGCCGCGCCGGGAUUGGCGGCGGGGAAGACCGGCCAGGUGACGGUGUUCUGGGGACGGAAUAAGGCCGAGGGGUCCCUGCGCGAGGCCUGCGACUCCGGCAUGUACACCAUGGUCACCAUGUCAUUCCUCGACGUCUUCGGCGCCAACGGAAAGUACCACCUCGACCUCUCCGGCCACGACCUCUCCGCCGUCGGCGCCGACAUCAAGCACUGCCAGUCCAAGGGCGUCCCCGUCUCCCUCUCCAUCGGCGGCUACGACGCCCGCUACUCGCUCCCGUCCAACCGCUCCGCGCUCAACCUCUUCGACCACCUCUGGGACUCCUACUUCGGCGGUUCCAAGCCGGGCGUCCCCCGCCCCUUCGGCGACGCGUGGCUCGACGGCGUCGACCUCUUCCUGGAGCACGGCACGCCGGCGGACCGCUACGACGUGCUGGCGCUCGAGCUGGCCAAGCACAACAUCCGCGGCGGCCCGGGGAAGCCGCUGCACCUGACGGCGACGGUCCGGUGCGGGCACCCGCCGGCGGCGCACGUGGGGCGAGCGCUGGCGACGGGGAUCUUCGAGCGCGUCCACGUGAGGAUCUACGAGGAGAGCGACAAGGCGUGCAACCAGUACGGGGCGUGGGAGGAGGCGUGGGACAGGUGGACGGCGGCGUACCCGGCCACCCGGUUCUUCAUCGGGCUCACCGCCGACGACAAGUCGUACCAGUGGAUACACCCCAAGAACGUCUACUACGGCAUCACGCCGGUGGCGCAGAAGAAGGAGAACUACGGCGGGGUCAUGCUCUGGGACCGAUACUUCGACAAGCACAGCGACUACAGCAGCUACAUCAAGUACUACGCCUGAUCGGAGCUAUACUUCCACAAGCCACGCUGUUGCAUCACCUCACCGUCGACUUGAUUUUGAUGUGUUGUUGCAAACUUGCAAGCAAGAAUAAAGUGAGGCUUAACUGCCAACUCCAUGAAUUUAAUGUUUGUGUUUUUAUCUGUAAUUAGAUAGGCUUUCAACAAACAUGAUAGUCCCUCAUCAGCAGCAAAUGCAAGACAAGAUACGAAGAGAUUGGAUCCCGACGAAUUCUUCUAGUCAGUUCAAAAUUCUCAAA